UUUGUUUCAGAUUGUUCUUUUCCUUCACGCCCAACUGCAAGGAACUCCACCUUUCUCUAACAUAUUUUUCAUACGCAUGAAAAAAAGCUUCAGUUUUAUUUUAUUUUUCUCCCCUUUCCUUCCUUCAUUUGCCAACCCUCACCAUUCCUGCAUCGCCUCCCUCCCCGCGGUUCCAACGUUAUUUUCCAUUUCUUUUCGCUUCCUGCUUUAUGAAAUAGAAAACAUGUUGAAAAUGAAGUUUCUUGAUUGGUACUUGAAGAUUGGGUUUGUAUCUGCUUUGGUUGGGGCUUCUAUGGAGGUGUUCAUGAUCAAAACUGGCUUCUAUGACAAAGUAACUGUUUUGGAGUCAGAAAAGCGUGCCUGGGAGAAUUCCCCGGAUGCUCAGGCAAUUAGAGAAGCUCUCAACCCCUGGAGACAUAUUGAGGCCGAAGAAACAAAAAAGUCCUGACUCAAAGGAUCUUGGUCCCCAGCCAUCAUCUGUGAUCUGUAGCCCGUCUCCAAAUGUAAAAGUCUGCAAGCUCUUGCAGAGUUGCAUGUCUAGCCACCAUCUGGCCUCUGACUGAUGACACACUGAACUUAGACCGAUUCGUUCCUCAUAUGCUUCGUGCCAUCUGUUUUUCUUAAGCUCAAAUCCAAAAUUUGAUCAAUUGCCCCAUUUUGUUACUUUGUCAAAUGUUGUCACGUGGAUCUAGACUGAUGCAUGCUGGAUAGUUGAAUUCUUUUAUUCGCUUUUGUAUAUGAAGAUUAUAUAUUUUUUCAUGGUUAAUCUAGUAGUUAAGAACUUGAUUCCAGUUUUUUUAUUAAGAUUGAAGAAGAAAGCAUUAAAAAACUGUAAUAUUUUUAAAAUUAAAUGAGUCUGCUUGUUUAACUUUUAAUAUGUGGUGGUUUGGUUUGAACACUUUCUUUUUAAACUAACUGAUAAGUGAGUGAAUAGGUCACAUUAAAGUUCUGUUUGUAUAUGCGGAUGGAUAUGAAGGAGCUUUUCCUGUUUAUAUUUGUUCAUUUGUGAGGAGGUGAGAGUGGGUAAAUGCGAGGAACAAGUCCAUGGAGUAGAGGAAAAGUCAGUUGGACGUGCAUGAGAAGACCAAAACUGCACUCUGCUUUAGACUUCACAUGACAGAGAUUUGUCCUCUCCAUUGGCCAUGCAUGGAGAGAUUCCUGAAAGAGGCAGAGAAUUGUUUGACCAUGGUGGUAGUUCAUGAUAGGAAUAAAAAGUACAAGACAUUGAAGGAUGAGUUCAAAGAAUUGUGUAUACCGGAAUCAUUGAAGGAUCCAUGAAAACACGUAUAAGAUGUUACUGUUCUUUUUCUGAUAGAUUAUUCUAGGACGUAUAUCAAAAGUGUGUUUGUUACACUUUUGAUAUACAUCCUAGAAUAACCUAGUAGAAAGAGAACAAUAAUGUCUCAUAUGUGCUUCCAUGGAUCCUUCAUUGAUUUUAGGUAUACAAUCCUUUGAACUCAUACUUGAAUAUAUUAUAUUGUUGUGUCUUAUAUUUUUUUAUUCCUAUCAGUUCGGUGUUUGAAAACUUCACUAAAUUCUUGUGAAUACAUAUAGUAGAGGUUCACGAUUUCUUCCUUCUUUGGCAAAAUUUGUGAUUGUUGGUGUGAGCUGAGUUCGUGGUGUGU